CCCCGUCCCGUCCCUCCCCUCCGCGCCCCGCGGCUCGUGUGACCGGAGCGGCGGGAGUCGGUCCGCGCCCGUCUGGGAGGCCCUGAGCCCGCACCGCCACCGCCACCGGCACCGCCGGCCGCGGACGCGGGGAGGGGCGGACGGAGGGAGGGUGGGAGGCAGGGAGGCGAGGCGGCCUCCCGGGUGUCCGGCACCAUGAGCAUCGAGAUCCCGCCGGGCCUCACCGAGCUGCUGCAGGGCUACACGGUGGAGGUGCUGCGGCACCGGCCGUCCGACCUGCUGGGCUUCGCCGCCGAGUACUUCGCCCGCCUGCGGGAUGCCCGCGACCAGGAGGCGGGCGGUGGCCGCAGGGUGGUCAGCUUCGACGGGGAGCCCAUGCAGACCGAGUCCAACGGCGACGAGGAUCCCGACCGCGGCGACGACGAGUCCGACUCCGACUUCGAGCCUCCAGUUGUUAACCGAUACAACAGAAGAGUAUCAGUUUGUGCUGAAGCUUUCAAUCCAGAUGAAGAGGAAGAAGAUACAGAACAAAGGGUAGUUCAUCCAAAAACUGAUGAACAACGAUGCAGACUGCAGGAAGCAUGUAAAGAUAUCCUGCUCUUCAAAAACCUAGAUCAGGAGCAGCUGUCUCAGGUCCUUGAUGCCAUGUUUGAGAGGAAGGUGAAACCUCAGGAACAUGUGAUUGACCAAGGGGAUGAUGGAGAUAACUUCUAUGUCGUUGAGCGAGGAUUGUAUGAUAUUGUUGUAGCAAAAGACAACCAGUCUCGCUGUGUGGGCCGCUACGAUAACCACGGCAGUUUUGGGGAGCUGGCAUUGAUGUACAACACUCCUAGAGCUGCCACCAUUGUUGCCACAACAGAAGGAGCCCUUUGGGGACUGGAUCGAGUGACGUUCAGAAGAAUUAUACUGAAAAACAACGCAAAGAAGAGGAAGACAUAUGAAUUAUUUAUUGAGUCUGUGCCCCUUCUUAAAUCCUUGGAGGCAUCAGAACGAAUGAAGAUAGUGGAUGUUAUAGGAGAGAAGGUGUAUCAAGAUGGGGAACGUAUAAUUUCUCAGGGUGACAAAGCAGACUGUUUUUACAUUGUAGAAUCUGGAGAAGUAAAAAUCUUGAUUAAAAGCAAGACCAUGACGAGUAAAGAAGCUAAUCAAGAAGUGGAGAUUGCCCGGUGUCACAGAGGGCAGUACUUUGGAGAGCUUGCACUUGUUACCAACAAACCCAGAGCAGCCUCUGCCUACGCUGUUGGGGAGGUCAAAUGUUUAGUCAUGGAUGUGCAAGCAUUUGAGAGGUUGCUUGGACCCUGCAUGGACAUUAUGAAGAGGAAUAUAACACAUUACGAGGAGCAACUGGUGGCAAUGUUUGGCUCUAGCAUGGACCUGAUGGAUCCAGGGAAUUAGGCACAGGGUACCUCAAUGCCUUCUUAGUUCAAGACACAGAGAAGCCUCCUAUCAGCAACACAACUCACAAGGACAACGGACACUAUGGAACAGUUACUGCUGCUGUUUUCUUGGGCAUUUUAGAAACCAUAAACAAGUCUCAGCACAGAUGGAUUGCUCACUCCUCCCUGCCUCCACUUUGCUGCUGAUACUUCAUUAUUAGACCUAGAUUAAAGAUGAUUCUAACCCUAUGUUCACUUACUUGGUUCAGAAUGGCGUCUGUCCAACAGUUCAAGUGCCUGAUACGAAACCCAAAGUGUGCAAGACAUAGGAGCCUCCUUCCUUCUGGGUGUCACUGUUGGGGUAAAUUGUCCCUUCAGAUUCUGUAGUGGGAGGUUGCCUGUUCUGCAGAGGCAGCCUGUGGAAUACAAGCCUUUUAUGGGCUGAUUACCUUCAUCUGAUGCUUUCCUUACACAAUGUCAAAUUUGCUUUUAAUUGUAGCAUCUGGGUUUGAAGUUAAAGUAUCAAUGGAGCCAAUGAAUAAGAUGGCACUGAAGUUUUGGUCCUCCUGCUGAAAGCAGCAGGUAAUAAAUAUAAAGAACUCUUUAAACCAAGUAAACUGAGCUGGGGACAUGGGAGAGUCUGCUUAGCAACCAGAUGCAGAAAACGUAUUUUAAGUGUUUUCUGAGCAGCAAAGAAAAUUGGUUUACUCUA